UUGGCGGAGAGAUAAUACAUUAUCAUAUUAAUGUUUAAUAUUAAUGUUUCCCUGAACAAUUAUUGUCAUAGUACAAAAAAAAGUACCUGUCAAUACAAUAAAUUAUUUUUCUAAAUAUGCAUUUAUUGAGUUAUUAAAUAAGUAUUCUGUCAUUUUAAAAUAAUAUUUAAUUAUUAUUAAUAACUAAUUUCUGAGGCUCACUUAUAUAUUUCAUAAUGACUACUUUAUAAGCUCAACAGUUAAUAAAAGCCAGUAUGCCGCCCAGAUAAAAACAAAGUUACCAAUGACUGAUUAAUAAGGGUGGAGCUUAGUACAUAAUCUCCACCUACUAUUUAAUCGUUCUAUUUCACUCAUAAAAUUGCACAAGAAAAGUUUUCAAGAUGAAGACGAAGAAACGAAGAAGAUGAAGAACAAGAAGAAGAAGAAGAAGAAGAAGAAAAGAGACAUAUGAAGAAAAUAAGAGACAGAAAAUGUUAGACCUUUAAGUACGUCUUAACUCUGCAAGUCAGUUGGCAUCUUGCCUCCCUAUACACACGGCUCGCAUAAAACAAUUUACGAAGAUUAAUUUCUCGUUUGCUCUUCAUCAACUUGUAUCAAUUUAUACUCGUAUAUUUUCCUUAUAAUUUUCACAUUAAUUUAGCUAGUGUAGCAUUUAAUUUAUAAUUUAAAUGAUUCGAUUAGCAGUGAAGUACAAAUUAUAUACAUGUAUAUAAAAUGCGACACAUUGACUGAGAAAUAAUUUAAUUUAGGUCGUUUUGAACAGCCGUGUGUAUAGGUAUAUAGUACUUACAUUAUUAUUAGGUAUAUGUGUUUGCAUGUCUUGACGAAUUAUUUGCGUUUGCAUAAUUAAUGGAUAAUUUCGUUGCGAGCACGAAAUACAAUUGUGGUUUUACAUAAGAAAAAAAAAAAGCUCUGAUAACAGACUAUCUUAUAAAAGGUGGCAAUGUGAAACAGUAGGCUAGUAAACGUGUCAAUGUAGUCUAUUUUUUAAAUGUCUUACUUUACAAAUAAUGAUAAUACACCAAAUGAGUCAAUGAUUAUUUCUCAAGUGGCCAAUUCUCACGUUCCCCAGGAUUUUACUGUUUCAAGACUUUUAUCCACUUCUAAUCAUCAUUUAGAUUGCAAUGAAGGAGUCUCUGGUGGAGGUAGAAGACCUAGACGAAGCAGAACAACAUUUUCAGCCCAACAACUGGCUGCUCUUGAGAGAGUUUUUGAGAGAACACAUUAUCCUGAUGCUUUUGUGAGAGAAGAACUUGCGACGAGAGUAUCUUUAUCUGAAGCUAGAGUACAGGUUUGGUUCCAAAAUCGGCGAGCUAAAUUCCGAAGAAAUGAAAGAAGUUCCGCAUUAAGUAGAGGUGCUUCUUCAACACGAGAUAUCGAAACUACUUUGCCAUUAAGACCAAUAAGGAUAGCAUAUACUCAUGAAAAUACAUCAGAUGGCUUACAAUCUCCUCCUCAAGUGCCUCAAUACUCUUACAGCGAGUACUGGAGAUCAUCUCAACAUUAUGCUGCAGUACAAACAACUGCAAGUUGUCAUGGUUUUGUAAAUGGGAAUCUGAGUAAUGUGAGCUUUCCAUCGUAUCAUCAGUCAGAAGUUCAUGGAAGUAUUGAGGGAGCUUCAAUGAAUGGGUUGAGUAGUCUUAGAUUAAGAAGUCAUCCUUACGGUGCAACUUAUUCUGCCAUGCAUGCCAGUAUGUGACUUAUUAGUAUUUUUAUAAAAUUAAAUAAUAAAAAAGUGCCUAAAUUAAAAAUUCAUUGUAUUGUUGUUAGAUUGAGCAAAGAUGCCAAAGAAUUUUUUUUUAAAUUAUAUAAUUGUUAUCAGAAUAAUCAUGUGAUUAAUAAAAUAAAUAAGAUAGAUGCAUUGUUUUUGGCCGUCUAGUUUUAAACUUGAUCAGUUUUAUUUACUUUUUUCCGUACUAACUUUUAUUACAAAUAUACAUAAUGUUAAAAAUAAAAUAAAUACUAUUCACAUUUCCCGUGUAAAAAAAAAAAUGUUCGAAGCUCCAACAUCGAAACAUGAUACAAUUUCAUAUAUUUUUCGAACAUUCAAUGAUUUGAUUAUUUUCGCUUCGAAAAUUUUCAUAAGAAACUUUUGUAUUUUUUUUUUUUUCGAACUUUUAGUUUUUCAAUUUUUCCGAUUUUUUCAAUCUAGAGAAGUAAGAAAAUUUUUAUAAUUGUUAAUUUCUGAGACGUUGAUAUAAUUUUGCUUAAAAAUCUUCGAAAAUUUUUUCAACCAAUUUUAAACAAUUUUUUAAUAUUUUUCGAACACAUUUCGUAUAUGGAUUUUCUCGGAUUUUCCGGAGUCUAUUUUUCUAAAAUAUUAAAACAUUGUUUAAAAUUCGUUUUAAGAAAAAUAAUAUCAAAAUCUCGGAAAUUAAAAUGUACAAAAAUUUUCUUUCUCCUCUAGUUUGAAAAAAUCUGAAAAUUUGAGAAAUUAAAAGUUCGAAAAAAAAAAAAAAAAAUAAUCAGUUUUU